UUUAGCACACACAUAACUAUGCAGUCAGAAGUGGAUAUUUGUUGGAUACUUAUACUUUCCGCAAAGAAGUUUGGUGCAGCAAUGGGUUGACAGUACAGAAACUAUAAUGUCUGAUUAUGACGAUAUUUCAGCCGUUGUCUUUGACAACGGUUCGGGUGUGACCAGAGCCGGUUUUUCUGGGGAUGAAGCCCCAAUGUGUGCAUACAGCACAGUAAUAGGAAGACCAAGGGCAGAUGCAAAAUGCAAAGGUAUGGAUUCUAAAGAUUACUAUGUUGGAGAUGAGGCACAGAAAAGACGCGGUUUGCUUUCCCUGGAUUAUCCAAUAGAACAUGGAAUUGUAACAAAUUGGGACGACAUGGAACUAAUAUGGCAUGAUAUUUACAAGAGUUAUCUAGAGGUACCACCAGAGGAGCACCCAUGUCUCCAAACAGAACCUCCACUAAAUCCAAAAUAUAACAGGGAGAAAAUGGCACAGAUAUUUUUCGAAAAGUUUAAAGUACCUGCAUUUUACGUGAGCAUGCAAGGUGUUUUGUCAAGUUAUUGGUCAGGGAGAGGCUCUGCAAUCAUGCUAGAAAUAGGAGAUGGUGUGACACAUAUAGUUCCUGUUUGUGAAGGAUAUUGUAUACAGCCUGCCGUUAAGAAAUUAGAUUUAGGAGGCAGAGACCUUACCUCCUAUUUGCAGACUCUGCUGCAUGAAAAAGGACACGGUUUUGUAACAACUGGUGAUUUUGAAAUUGUUAGAGAAAUGAAGGAAAAAAUGUGUUAUGUUGCGGAAGAUUAUUCAAAAGAAAUUACUUUGUCGGAAUGUUUUCCUGAUGUUGAUAAGUCAUAUGAACUUCCAGAUGGAAACUUGAUUACUAUUGGUAAGGAGAGGUUCCAGUGUCCAGAGAUUUUGUUUCGACCUUCGAAAGAUAUAGGAUCUGAUGGUAUUCACAAGUUAUUGUACGACUCAAUAAUGGCAGUUGACAUGGACUGGAGAAAACAUUAUUUUACAAAUAUAGUUAUAUCUGGUGGUUGUACAAUGUUCUCAGGAUUUGCAAAGCGUCUGCAGAACGAAUUUGCAGCUUUGAUUCCAGAACGCAUGCUAACAAACGUAGUUGCUCCCCCAGAAAGAAAAGAUUCCUCGUGGAUUGGUGGAUCAAUUCUUGCUUCGUUAUCAACAUUUCAAUCCAUGUGGAUCACAAAUGCAGAGUACGAGGAAUAUGGACCCGAUAUUGUUAACAGAAAUUGUUAUUAAAUCA